CUGGGUGGUGGAGGAGGGAUGCGUGACCUGGAAGGGUGUGGUCUGGGUGUACUAUGAUGGAGUGGGGAAUUGAGCAGCCGAGUCUCAGGGGGUGGUGUAGAGGGUGUGGCCAGUUGACCUUUGCUUGACCUCCAAGUGGAGGAGGAAUUGUCAGUGCCGACUCCCUCCCCAGUGGGCGGGGCUGUUUCCGAUUGGUCGAUGGUGCUCGGUGUGAGAGACAUGAUGGUAAGGGAAGGAGGGGGUGUGAGGUGGUAAAUGUGGACAGGUGGAACUGGGCGGAGCAGCUCAGCUGUAGAGUUCGUCGAAUACGAACUAGAAAAGAGGGUGUGGUGUUGGGCGGAGUCUCCGAUUUCAUCCUGCAGUACUAUACCGAGACCUUGAUCUGGGAGAAGGUUGGAGGGAUGAUCAUCGUCAUCAGUAGUAGUGUCGCGAUCGCGAUGAAGAGACUGAGGAUCUCUCCUCACAGUAGGCACGUGAAACAAGACUGAAUAGUUCAGAAGAUUGACACACAGAGAGACGAGGAGAAAAUGUAAAGAGAGAGAGUGUGUGUAUGAAGAUAGAAGAAUACUAGCUGAUAGGCAGACUCUGCACUGACCUGAGAAGAUGUCCAGAAGGUUGAUGAUGGUGAUGGGGUCUCUGGACGCGAGGUCUCGGCCUCUGAUGUGCUCCAGUGAGACGUGCGGUGCCAGCUGCUCCGAGAAGGCGUCCACCACCGCCUGACACCGCUCAGCCUCGCUCUCUCCGCCCCCGGGAGGCCGGGCCCCCGUCAGAGCCUCGUAGAGUUGGCCGAACAGCACGGAGCCGCACUGCUCGAUGCCGUGUACCACUCGUGGGAGUCCUGCCUGUCUCAGCAGAGUGUUAGCAACACCAGUAACCUGGCUUGACGUCGGGACGUCCAUGUUGUUCAGAAUUCAAACUUCCCGGCUUCAAUGCCAAAUAAUGCGCACCAGUUCUAUUAGAUGCACACCAGCACCUGCAGGCAAAAUGUGGCAGGUAACGGUGCUGUGUCCUAGAGCGAGAAGAUGCAACUUAAAAGUGACUCCGAACACAGUCCUCCUGCAGGUCUUGGAGCAAGCUUGCAGCAAGCAAAAGCUCGAUCCAGCUCUAUACACCAUCAAACACCAUGGCAAGUUGUUGGACCUCUCGCUGUCUCUGAGGUUUUCUGGCAUUCCAAACAAUGGGAAGGUGGAACUUGUGGUGGCGUCGCGACCGAGAUCAGAUGAUGGUGAGGUGGUGGUGGCAGUACAGAAUGUGGACGGGACAAGAUUCCAGUCCUCAUUCCAUUCCACUACGUCACUCUGGGACGUGCUGAUUCAGCACAAACUUGAUUCCAGUCCAGGUGGUAUGGAACCAAGCCUGUCGUACAUGAGGCAAGAGGUGAGUGGGGAGAAGUCUCUGAGGACUACUCAACUGAGAUCAAUUGGUCUCUCGUCAGGCAGGGGCCUACUCAGACUUAGUCAUCGCACAGUCAGCCAGUCAGAGGAAGAUGCAGAGGCUGCUAAUCCAACCAACACGAGAAAACAAGAAAACACCAAGGGAGAGAUUAAGAGUGCCUCACAAGAUGGAGGAAGAGAGGAAGAGGGGAGGCUAGACAGGAGAAGUGAAGAUGGUAACGAACCUCGUAGAAAGCCUCCGCCCACCUGUGGUGUUGCCAAGGAUACGACUGAGGGAGGGGAGGAACUGCCGUAUUUCCCUGCUCACCCGAUCAGCUACUUCCCCAGAGAGGAAGACGAGUCCCCCGGGGGGCCAGACAGAAUGGAGGGUGUCGAAAUAUCAAACUCUUCCUCCCAUUUCUCACCGGACCCCCAGUCAUCUUCAGGAGCUGCCAUGGCCCUCAUCAGUGGAGCUCUCCAACAGCCACACAACUUCCCUCCUGAAGUGGUUGCAGCUCAGUUGGAGGAAGUUGCCUCUUCACCAUUUUCUCAGUUUGCAGGUGUUAUGAGGCCACACCCUCUGGCUCCUCCCAUGUCUAGACCUCAGCUACCAAAGGUCUAUGAUGAACCUUGCCAUCGAGAGCGAGUGGUGUACAGUCUUGAUGAUCCUCUGCCCCUUCCAGCUCAUGAUGAGGUGUCUGCAAGUUUCUUCGAACACACUGUGACCGAUAUCCACGUGAUUCACUCUGACCUCAAGAGACAGGCGUCGGCAUCGGACGCCCCACUGAUGACGAGGGCCAUGAGAGCUGUGAGAGACGAAAUGAGACUGGAAAAGUAUGAAAAGAGUGUGGUGAGAGUUUACUUCCCUGAUCGCUGGGUCCUGCAAGGUUGCUUCAGACCUCAAGAGAGCUUGAAGAUGCUGGUGAACUUCAUUCGUGAAAAUCUCGCUGACCCAAAUGUCAAGUUCCAUCUCUGUGAGUUCUUUUUCUGUCCGCGCUACCUCUCACCCCUCUCCUCUUCUUUCAGACACAACUCCACCAAAGAAAGUGUUGAGAAGUGCUAAAAUUACGUUUGCUGAGGCGGAGUUCCUGCCGACAGCAGUGGUGUACGUGGGCGUGGAGGACGGUCAGCCACACCCCACUCUCUCUGACUCCGCCCUCCAGCAGGCAGCUUCCUCUCUUCAAGCCGAAAUUGUUCACCAAAAAAACAGACCCCAUACAGAGAAGCACCAGACUGUGCAGCCACAUCCAGAGAGGGGAGGCCCCUCACAUCUUCCUCAAUCUCUCCCCUCCCCUGUACCUGGCUCCUCAGGUCAGGCCAGGGUUGGUGGUGGUGCCUCGCCUAGCAAGCUGCCCAAGUGGUUCAAACAAGGUCCCAGGUAGAUCAGGUGACUUUGAUGAAUCACAUGACUGUUAUCACAUAAUCAGCAAUCAUGUUCAUAUAAACACAAUUAUUCCAGAGUAUUGUUCUCAGUCAAAUGAGAUGAGUGGUGGGCCAGACUCCUGUCUCUGGACUCCGCCCACUGGCAUUGGAGGGGGCGGGGCCAUUGCAAUCCCCUGCAUCUGCAGAGGCUGCUGCAUGCUCAUUGGUUGUUGCCCCCGCAACGGCUGCUGUUGGUUCAGCAUGGUGUGUGUUGGUACGUGAUCCAGGGGCUGAGUGGCAAAGUUGGCAGCAGGUGGCUGGUACAGCUGUUGUUGAGGAGGUAGAGAAGUCAGUUGGUGGGAGGGGUCAUGCACCUGUUGAAAGUGGGCGGGGUAAGCUCCGCCCGCUGCCACACCCAUCGACUGCUGGACUGGUGCAGUCAUGGGAGAGCGUUGCUGGGGAGGAGUGGAGGUGGGGGAGGGGUACAGAUGUGCCGGUGGGUGGAGACUGGACGUGGAGUUGUUUACCCACAAAGAACUGUCGCCAUGACUACCGGGGGGUGGAGCAUGACUGGGGUCAGAGUACAUAGCAUGCUGAGGGAUGGUGGGCAUUGUUUGGAACGUUGGUCCAGUAGGGGGUACGGGAUGGUAAGGAGGAGGGAGAGAGAGUGGUCUUGGGUCUGAAGACAUGUUGUGAUCCAAUUUGGAUGGAAGGGGCGGGGCCUGGGCAGAGAGAGUGGGAUCAUGGAGAGCCAGCGACUGGAGAGAGAGACCAACGGCUCCCGAGGGUUCCAUGGAGGCAGGGGGCGGAGCCACCGGCUGGAACUGGGGUAUUACCACUGGUUGAGGCCCCACCUGAAAACAACAUCAGGGAACACGAUAUGAAAACUGGUUGACUAUUCCGAAAUACGUGUGUAGACGAUGAUUUCCACAUGUU